CGGCGCUACAGUAAGAGUUGUCUUCUCGAGAUCGGGAGAGUGUAGGCGCCACAAGCGUGCCGUGCUGUAGCAGGGGCUCCUAGUGUUGUAACGCUGCUGAGGAAGCUGGUACAUAUAUAAAGAGACGCCUAUCCACUGAUCGGGAGGAGCAUCAUCCCGCUCGCUCCCGUAUAGCAGUAUAUCCAGUCCAUCUCUUCAACGUUCCUUUAAUCCACACACGCACACACGCACACGCACACGCACAUAGAUAGCCCCGCUCCCUCUUCGACUAUCGACGCUUGUCAUUCUGCUUCUCGAAACCACUGUCAUGUGCCAACACACUCCAGUCGACAAAAUCGUCAUUCCUUAUAUGAACGAGGUUGAGGGCAUCAGCACCAUGCCGGUACCUGGUCGUCGUUGCCCUGCCUGUCUCGAACGCGGAGACACUGUGUGGGUCAUUCCUGGCAAGUGCUGCCCACAGUGCGGUACUCCAGUCAACUAGACUGGUGCUUCGGUACGUUUGGAUGGUACAGGGUCCUAGUCUGACAGCCUCGUUGACAUUCAAUGAAGGACUGACACUGCUUUCGAACUCGAUACCUCCCUGGCUUUCCGGCGUAGAAUGGGAUACUUAGAAAAGAGCUGCUGCAUCUUGAGCUUGGGAUUAUUGUCUGCAUUUGCUGGAGUUCAGUUUGUCGAUAUCUGAGGAUAUCUUUAUUUUUGUAAACCUCGGUCCAGUCUAAUAGGCAAAUGUAAACUUGUGACUUGCUGCGAUGCGUUCGAUUUUACGUUCAACUCUUUCCGCGGGAUCGUUUUCGAAUUGAUGUUGCUGCACCAGUGUAUAUGUCAUCUGCUCAAGCUCUAUAAGCUGAUUAAGGUAGUAGGUCCUCGAGCUGCAAUGAGUCCUUCGAAAGAGUGAAUGCUCAUGAGAAAUUGUGUUUCAGGUGUCAACUAAGCAUCCGGGAACGAGGAG